AUGCGGAUCACGACCAACUUCAAUUCUUUCUCUCUCAGUCACAACCAUUUGGCCAAGCAGAAAACUGACUUUCGCAUAUUCUGUAGUUUAUCUUGUAGCGCACCACAGGCACUUUGCCAAACAGAUCAAUCUCCAUCUCUAGAUAUCACCCUAGAUGGAACAAACGAAGUGGAUUCAAAUUUAAAUGUGAGAAAAGGAGAUGAUGCAUGUGAUUUAAGAGAAAAAGUAUUGGCUGAAGCUGCUGCAACAUUUUUUUGUAGCAUAUGCUAG